GAAGUCUCCUUCCCUCGUCUUAUUCUUCUCUCCUCUCUCUUCUUUCUUUAAUCGAGAAGAGAGAGGGGAAAAAAAGUAAAAAGUAAAAAGAAAAAGGAAAAUCCAAAAAAGGAAAAAAAUGAAGGCGACGAUAAAGGGGAGAUACGAAGCGGAGAAGAGCUCGUCGGCGGUGGCGACUCUUGCCGUCAAGUCAGGAGACGUGAAUCUCAAAGCGUCGAUGACCGACGCCACCUUCGUCAAUGGCCCCUCGGUCAACGGCUUAAUCCUGUCCCUUGACAAGCCUGGCUCUUUCAUCAUCGAUUACAACGUCCCAAAAAAGGAUUUCAGGUUCCAGUUCAUGAACACAGUGAAAGUGCUCGAAAAGCCCGUGAGCUUGACCUAUGUUCAUGCUCGUGGGGACAAUCGGACAGCUCUAGACACAUCAGUUGCAUUUGAUCCAGCAAAUAAAGUGACAAUGAGUUAUGCAUUUGGGUCAGGAAAUUGCAAGGUAAAGUAUGUGUAUGCUCAUGGGGAGAUGAGGAGAACAAUGAUUGAGCCGUGCUAUGAUGUGUCAAAGAAUGUUUGGGACUUUGCUAUGACGAGGAAGUUUGAAGGGGGUGAUUCAGUUAAGGCUACAUAUCAGACGUCAGCCAAAACUCUAGGGCUGGAAUGGAACAGGGAUUCGAAGGUGAAUGGUUGCUUUAAGAUUUCUGCAUCCUUCAAUCUGGCGGAGCAAAAUAUCAAGCCAAAGAUUAUGGCCGAGAGUACAUUGCAUUAUGAGUUCUUGUUUUAGAAUUGUUGAAAUUCAUUUUAGCAACACCUAAUGUGUUCUUCUCUACUGGUUGUAACCUGACACUAUGUUUCUUGUUUCCUUUUUUUCCCUCCCCUUCCUAAUUUCAAUUGAGAAGUGUCAAAUUCUCAUUUUGUUAGCUGAUGAUUUGGCAAAGACAGCAUUCGAGUAAGCAGCAUUUGGAAUUGAAAUAUGAAUACGUGCAACUUUAUGGUGCAUUUUCCCACCAGCAAUAAGAGUAAUCGUAUUAUUAAUU